CAGAGGCAUAAACACACCCAGUCUUCUCAAUUGGGUAAACACAGAACGAGGCAAACCCCGCUUUCUCUCUCUCUCUCAAAACAAAUUUCUUUAAUUUUAAUUUCCCACCUCUCUCGGCGUCCACUCACCAUGAGCGGUGCUGCAAUUUCAGACCCUAAUCAUCACCCUCCCCAAGACGAUCACUCCAACAUCAACACCUCCCGCCCCUCUCCUCCAGCCUCCGCCUCCUCCAAAAAGGGCAAGGGCAAGGGCGGCCCCGACAACGCCAAGUUCCGCUACCGCGGCGUCCGCCAGCGCAGCUGGGGGAAGUGGGUGGCCGAGAUCCGCGAGCCGCGCAAACGCACCCGCCGCUGGCUCGGCACCUUCGCCACCGCCGAGGACGCCGCCCGCGCCUACGACCGCGCCGCCGUCAUCCUCUACGGCUCCCGCGCGCAGCUCAAUCUCCAGCCCUCCGCCGCCCCCGGAAACGGCGCCGCCGCCUCCUCCUCCCAGUCGUCGUCGCGGAGCAGCUCCUCCUCCUCCUCCUCCGCGCAGACGCUCCGCCCCCUCCUGCCGCGGCCGUCCGGCUUCGGCCUCACGUAUCCCGCGGCGCCCAAUUACGUGCAGUACGGGUUGUACCCUAGCGUACAAUACCCUAACAUUUUGCCCCAAUUAGCUCCGCAGCAGCCCUACGGAAUUCCUGAUUUGGGGAUUUCUGAAUCGAAUUCCCAAAUUAGGGUUACUUCCGAUACAAUUACAAACCCUUCCUUUCCAAACCCUAACAAUCACGAAUGCCAAAAUAUGCAACAAAAUCAGAAUCAGAAUCAAAAUGAGAAUACAGUUAAUUAUGAUGAGAUCAGCUCGCUCGUGUGCUCGACCGGUUCGCUGCUGUCGGAGCCUGCGCCCGUGCCAGCGCUAUCGGAUCCGACAGCGGUGCUGAACGGAUACGAGGCCUCGCAGUCGUGGCCGAUGAUGGCGCAGGAGGAGGAGUACCCAGCGAUGAGCAUUUGGGAUUACGGCGAUCCCUUCUUCUUCGAUAGUAUCUGAAAAUUAGGGUUUCGGCAUUGCAUGCAAAGAGUGUUAGUGUUACAUUGAGGUGAGGUGGUGCCAGAUUUGGAAGAUAUAUAUGAUUUUAUGUAUAUGAGGUAAGUUGCAUGGAGAGAGAUUUCUUGAUUUUCCUACAUAUUAUGUGUGUUUUAGGAUUUGGAGGAGGGGAAUAUGUUUCAGGAUUAUGUCUUCAAUUCUUGAUUUAUUGUUCCUUUUACUUUGUUGUAUUAGGGUAUCAUGUUAUAUAAUGUGUAAUUAAACAGAUGGUGUUAUAGAGUAACAUUUGUGUUAUCGCAUUUUCAA